AUGAAGGACAAUGACAGCCUUUCUAUGACUACAACAAGUAAGAAAAUGCUGGCUGAUACCUUCAUCCCAGAUGAAGACUUGAGGUUUGUUGAAAGGUGUGAACCAUACACUAUAUGUCAGACCAGAAACUGGAUUUUAUCAAGUGGAACUGACAUGGAAACAAAGCAACUCUUCUCUACAGAAGAUUGGACUGAGAUGUUGAAAAACUUUGAGAAUGAAAUAGAAAUCAUUAAAGAAGAUAUACCUGACAUUAUAUGUUUGUUUUUUGACAAAGUUGAACAGAAUAAUGAAAAGAAUGAAAAUAUCAUGAUGGAUUAUUCCACAGGAAAUAGAAGCAAAGCCAUGAUCACACUCAAUGAACAAGAUAAAACCUAUAUGAUUGAAAUCAAGAGAGUGGUUCUGACAUAG